UCAAUUAGCUUUGAUAUCGAUAGAGCUGCCAGAUACCAGUAAUUUCUGUUGAUGCCUAGGCAAGGCUCGACUCAUUGGCACGGCCGGACACGUGUCUCUGCAUCAUACGUGGCCCGCGGAGAGAAGAAGCGACCAAUAUCUCCUACAUGCGACCCCUUAUCGGUUAGACAUACAGUCAAUAUUCCAUUCGUCAUAAGUUUUCUCAUUGCAGGAUCAGAAUGGAGACGGUGUGGCAGACGCAUACAUCUAUCUGUCUUUGUUCUUUAUAGCACGGAUGCCGCGGCUAAUUCUUCGACAGAGUUCUAUAAACUCCGCCUAGCCAUGGUUUCAGUUAUUUGAGUCAUCUUAAGGGUUUCCCUUUAAUUGACUCUGACAGCGAUCAAUAUGGCAGUAUUCCAGAAACUACUUCAAAAUCCAAGUAUCUUCACUGAUAGCCCGCUUCAAAUUAUUGCGGGCGAGAACAAGCGCAUCUACUAUGCUCAUCCCACGAUACUAGCAUGCAACUCAUCAGCGUUAAAUGCCCGAAUAAACGGGCCGUGGAGGGAACAUGGAAACAGCGAACCGAUCGACUGGUCGGAUUUUGAUGAGCCGACAGUAGAAUGCGUCUUGAGCUAUCUCUAUACUUCAGACUAUUAUGUUCCAGGUGCAGUUUACGAUGAACAGGAGAAGUACCGAGAGACGGGAAAUGAUAUCGAUUUGGAUGGAAACUUCGACGUUUCUGACGUUGAAUCACCAGUUCCAGACACCGAACUUCACAAUGAAUGGGAACCUGACCGACCUCUACCACCUUUGAGUCGAUACAGCAGAUUUGGUUUACCAGCCUUGACCUUUCAAACUGCUGCAGGUGGCUUCAGCAAAACAACAGAGAAUCGUCCCGAAGCUCUCGGCCAUGCGAUCCUGAUCCACUCCAAGGUUUAUUGUUUUGCUCACCGAUUUUGCUUUACCGAACUCGAGGAAUUUGCAAUACAACGCCUUACACAAGUUUUACUGGCAUGCAAUGAUCUUCUCAGCGAACUAUUUCCACAUCUUGCAGAUUCGAUUCGGUUGAUAUACGGCUCGACACCGACUGCCGUACCUCCAGAGAAUCCAGCUCGAAGACUAUUAUCCCGCUUUGUCGCAUUGAGAUAUAGCGCGCUCUCAGUCGAAAACUUGGAGACAGUUAUAGCAGAAGGAGGUGACUUCAUGAUUGAUUUGUCACAUCAAUUGUGUAGACGACUUGCAUCAAGUGGUACAGACACUCAAAUAAUGGAGGAACAGAUUGACGAGCUUCAAGCGAGGUUGGAAGUCCUAGAGUCUGAAGCUCAAAGGAAAGAAAUCCAGCUCGAGCGUUAUAAGGAAGAGAUAGAGCAAUGGGAGAGCUGGAACCGAGGACUUUCUGGGAAAUACAGCAAAGCGAAAAGGAAAGUCAAACAGGCCGUCAUUGAUCCUAACGAGACUAGUCUCUGAUUUCGAUCGAUUCAGUCAUUCGUGAACGCAAGGCAUGGUGGGACAAGCUACAUAUCUGCUUUAGUUAUCACACAAGCCGACAAUCUCGAGGGGCUAUGAUUCGGUGAUGCUCUUAUUUUCGUGGUUAGCCUUGAAGAGUGGUGGGCCUCAGCAAGUAUUCAUCUGAUAAUAUAUUCAAGGCUCUACAAGACAAGGCUCUCUUUGCCAUACCACUAGUUCUAGUUUACUUGGUGCUGGCAACGCGAUCCUUUUCGAAUCCAACAGCACACAGAUAUGCUCCAGCACCCACAGUGCAGGGCCAGUCUUUGAGGCGCCACGGCCUAUAGUCAGGGUAAUGGAAAGCCGGCCGGUCUAGCACCAAAUGCGUUCCACUCCGAUAUAUAGACCACCAGAUCUUUUAUAACUGUCAAGAUGCUGACUGGAGACGGAACUGAGCAUGACUCCUUCACAG